AUGAUGGUUUGUCCAUGUGGUAUGCUUUCUGAACAGUUGGCGAAAAGACGACGUCGUAGUAGCAGGUUUUCUGUGGAUGAACUGGAAGAGAAGGAGGGGGAGGUGGAGGAGAAGAAGAGCAAGGUAUUUUUAGGUCGGAGGAAGGUCGGCGUGGACGACGAUGCACCAAUCCGACGCUCCUCGAUUUAUCCCCUUGUUCGCCAAAAUGGCAGUAAAAGCUUUCAUGUAUUCACAGCAACUUUGAUGGAUCCCUUUAACGCGUCUAAAGUGGCUGUUGUUGAUGGCUCAAACUGUCAGGCGGAGAUUGAAAUUCUGCAAACUAUGGGGUGCUACGGCUAUCCGCCAGAGGAUGAGGCAAGGAGGGAAGAUGUGAGGCCCUCGAAGUUGUUCCUAUUCGACACAGAGACACCCACUCAGCGCCUUUGGGACCUCCUCGUCUCUCCGAGUAAUCCCAGCUCACAUCCUGCCUUGACACCGUUUCAUCUCCGCUAUGCAGCUUAUUUGUACUAUCGGUCGAGAGGGUGGAUUGUGCGACCCGCCUUGACUUUAGGUGGCGUGGAUUUCCUCCUUUACGCUGAAUCGCCCCGUCUGCGUCAUGCGGCCUACGCGGUAAUUGUGAUGCCAGCAUCUGCCUCUCGCUCUGCGCGCGACGUCGCUGCGCACCUGCGUGUCGCUUCAUCUGUCGCCAAGGUGGUGCAUGGAUUCAGUGGCACUGUCCAUAUGCAUUAUGAGCGCUUAUAUAGGCUAGUAAUUGCAGAAGUCGGGGUGUUGGUGGAGGCGGAAUGCAAAGAUAGGCCCUGGGAGAAUGUCAAAAAUUAUGCGAUUGAGGAAACGUUGCUAACUCGUGCGCCGAAUCUGGUGUAG